AUGGCGGAAGCCAUAGGAUUAGGCGCGUCAGUUGUUGCUUUUAUCGGUCUUGCUGGCCAGCUCGUGCAAGGCUGCGAAUAUGUCCGUCAAACAAUUGAUAGAAUCAAGCAAGCAGAGGGCGAUGUCCGAGAACUUCGAAGCGAAGUGAACUCUUUUGAACUCAUCAUUGACAGCUUUCGCAACGUUCUCCAAGAUUUGGAAACUUCUGGUGUUCAGUUGACAGCAAGUGGUCGAAUGCAUGCAGUUCAAUCGGUUUUGGAUACAGCACACGAAGCUGUACAGAAUCUAAUAAAAUUCAUUGCGACCAACAAGUUUUCCGGGAGGAAGAGGGAUAAACUCAAAUUUGUGUUUUCAAGAGAAACCUGCGCAAAUCACGUAUCCAGAAUCAAUAGAGUCAAGCAUGACAUAGCUGUGACGCAGGCUAAUACACUUUCACACGAUCAAGCCAUCAAGCGGGAUCUUAACUCUCUGUCCUUGAACCUCGGCGAUUCUUCGAAGAUUGUCAGUACGAUCCCAGCACGAUUGGAUGAAGUGUACGUAGCUGCAUGCAAUGCAAAGGAAGCCGUUUCUGUUUUGAAGAGUGAUCUUUGUACAAAAAUCAAUGACCUCUGUAACGCGGUCAAUGCAAUUUCAACAUCGAAAUUUACUGCUUCUGCUACAAUAGUGUCCGAAACAGCCGGUCAUGUCCAUGAGGUGGUUCAAAAUGCCAGUACAGCAAACGAAUUCAUCGAGACGUUAAAAGCCACUUCGGAGGGCUUGAGGUUACUGCCAAUGGGUAUACCAAAAUUCCGUAUCUUAGAAAAGAAAUAUUCUCGUGCUAUUGGUAUAGUCACUGUACAGUCUAUCAUUACAACCUUCAAUGAAUCAGAUACUAAUGCCUUUAACAUACGGUCACUCACUAUCACUCAGACAAACGUGGAUUUGUUCCCAAAUCCGGAGUUACUUCAGUUGGGUAUAUAUUGCUCUAUUGUUGAGCAAGGAUUCGCUGUUUCGUCAUUUACCCCCGAACCCGCGUUACGAGUGUACAAUAUAAUCGACAGCCACGCUCCAAUUGUCAAUGCUUGCAUUUCUGGUAACCUGGCAGAGGUUAGAGAGCUCUUUAUAAAUGGACAUUCCUCACCAUGUAAUCGUUUGUGGGCUGAGAGAUCUCUCCUGGAACUAACACUGUGCCAAGUUAUCGGAAUCUUCAAGUAUCGAUCUAUUCCCCCGCAGCGCGGUAUCGAAGGACUGCUGUCCGUCUUUGAGGAAUUGUUGCACCAUGGUCUGGAUCCAGGAGUGCCAAGAAUAAAGGAGGAUAGAGCUGAUCAAUCGCCGCUCAUGACCAUAGCUACUUUGUCACCAACGUCAAAGUCAGAUGUUGAGUUUCUGUUGCGCUUAGGGCGAAUCAUAAUCAAGCACAGUACCCACGCUCCACUUCAAGAAAAUGGCUUGGAGAACUUGGAUUGGCAAGUGCACCUUGAUGGAUUUCGGCGUCCCGUUUAUGACCUCUUAAAGACUCAGGAAGUGUGGCCUCUAGCAUGGCCAACCGCGGAUGAAGUCUUGAGUUGGUACUACACUCGUCUCACCCGUUGCAUAAAAAGCGACCGACCACGAAUAAUGAACGAACUGAAUCUCGACGAAAAAAUCUUGUUAUUCCAAGACUUAGUUGCCUCGAUCAAAAGCUUACACGCGAAUACGCAAUUCCACAGAGCUAUCUGGGUGGCGUUCCUUGGGUACUUUGAGGAUUCUGGAGUACAUUUCGACAACCUAUCAUCAUCUUUCACUUCCAUUUUACCAGCUCACCUUACCCUGGUUUCACGCAAUCAAGAGGUUUACUUGAAUGUAAUCUCCCAGGCUUUGGUGGAUUACGGUUUCGAUGAAGAUUUUGCUGCGGAUCUUGUUGAGACGGAUCGUUAUUUUUCUUUAGUCAUGCAGCUUCACUACCUCGAUCUCAAUUUAUUCUCCUCCCCAGACAUUGUUGGAUGGGAUUUUUCUUUCACGCUUGUUGAUCCUAGAACUGAAAGGAAAUACUUACUGGAUUUAGCUAAUAAGCAAUGGGUCGCCGGUGACCGCCCGAGUACUACAAGCGUCUCUGAUGAUGAGUAUGAGUUUGCCAACAAGUCUAGUAUUGUUUCAAGCUCUCCAUACUCUAAAGACGACUUUUACGAUGGAUAUUCUCUCUCAAGUGAAGACGAGGAAGAAGGAGAAGAAGAUGGCCGUCCAGAUUUUUGGGAAGACAAGGACAUGUUCUUGGAGCUUCUAUUCUUUUCAGAUAGAUCUCCCAUCUUAUCAUCAACAUCAACCACAUUAAUGGAAGAGGAAUGCAUAUCGCUACCAGGAUUACUCAAAGACUUGGAUAAAAAUACUGCUCCAACAACAUCUUUAUUCAACGCUUCGGAAACCUCUAUACUCGAAAAAUCAAAUUCUAGCAUUUCAUUAAGCCAGACGACAACCGAGCUUGUCACAGAAGAGGAAACAUGCGGACUACAAGUCGCAUACAACUCAUUCUUUAUUUGA